GUACAGCUGGUAGUCUACCAUGUUCCCAGAGUCGAUUGCUAACAUACACUAACGGGGCUUCCGUAGUUUCAACUGAUACUUGAGAGCCUUGUUCGUGCUCCAUAUGGGCUUUACCUGACAAGACCUCCGGAACCAAAUUGGAAAGGUUCGCAGCUCUGCGCCGGUCUGGGUAUCCCAGAGCUUGAUAGUUAUUCUUCGCUUGACGAGCCUCCCACUGCACUGCAUGUAGCAAUUAGCAUACCAUCCCAAGGCUGGUAGGCCUCAAAAUGUAUUUAGCAAUCAUAAAGUUCCUCCAUCUGCGUGACAACUUAACAAACAUAGCACUAUACUCUCUCAUAAUCUGUAUCUUCUCCUCUAUAUUCAUUAUUAAACACAUUCUCCCAAAGUCCCUUAGCAGUUAUUUAGUACUUAUAAACCUUAAUACCCAUACGCCCACUCUAUCUGUCGGCCAACUAAACUCCACCAUCUUUUCUUCUUCCUCUGUCAUCUUCCUCGUAUCAAGGUGCACCUCAACCUAAUCCUCCCUACUCAGCCACUGCAUCACACCAGUCCUUCGCAGGAGAUUACAGAAUCCAUCUUCUUUAUCAGCACUGGGUGAGCACUGCGAUACAUAAGAGCAGGGGAGCAAUGGGAAAAGCAUAUUAAUAAGGUUAGCUUUUUUCUGAGAGCCCCACCAGUUAAGGGUUAGCCAUAGACAACACAUCCCCAUUUGCAAAAGAUAGUCUAUUUAGUUGUUGAUAGAGGAGGGUUUGUAGGGCACGAGCCGUCCGGUUAGUCAUCUGUUACUGUUUAUUGAUGAAAAAUAGGGAAACGGUCCGCGUUAAUGGGAAGUAAGCAGCCAAUGGUUUGUUGGCAGAGAGUCAAUAGAAAGGUAGAGAUGAUGGCGACAGUCAUGCUGCCAAACCUCAU